AUGCGCUUCUCCAACAUGGCUGGCCUCCUGGCUGGCGUCACUGCUGUCUCCGCCGCAAACUCAAGCUGUGCGCCCUCAUCUGGUGACGCCACGGUGCUUGAAUUUGCCUGGGGAAUCUCCGACUUCCUCAGUGGAUUCUACAACAACACCGUCAACUCGACCUUUUCUCCCACCUCGAGUAAUGCCAGUAUUGUCGCUUUCCAGCAGGUUCUCCUCGGCGUGGAAAAGGACAAUCAACUUGGCAUCCAAGCUAUCGAGAAGGUUGGCGCCAAAGCCCCGGGAUUCACGGCGCCCCAAUGCAGCUACACCUACCCCACUAUCAGCAGCCCUUCUAUCUGGGCUCUGUGGAGCUACCGAUUUGAGACCACCAUCACUGGUGCUUUCAUCGGUCUCGCUGGCUACACCCAGUCCCCCGAGGUUUCCUUCUUGCUGGCCCGUCUGGCUGCUGAGCACAGCGCCCACGCUACUCUGAUCGGACUCCGUGUCAACUCCACACUUUUUGCUUCGAACGUCACAUCUUUGGUCUCGGCAUACGGACCUAACCAGGUCCUCUCGAGCAGCAACUCGACUGGUAGUCUGGGACAAUACCUCGGAGGCUGUCUCCAGGCCCCUACCAGCCCUUGCGGAACUGAGCAGAUCGGACCUUUGGUCGCCACUAUCACUCCCUCGGGCUCAGGCAGCUCUUCUGCUUUGGCUAGCAGCACCCCAUUGAGCUCUUCGGGCAGCUCUUCUACUGCAACCAGCUCCUCCACUGCAUCCAGCAGCACUUCCACCUAG